ACGCAACCUCUCUUCUGCCUGAUCCCCACACCCCUUGAAUAUCUUUCCAACCUAGACGACAAUGUCAAAUUUCAUCUUUCACUCACUCUUUCUAUUUUUCAAUCUCAUCAUCUCCCUUGCAUCUCAUGGGAAUGCCAUCUCCAACUGCAACGGUCCAUGUCGAACCCUAAACGACUGCGCCGGUCAGCUCAUUUGCAUCAAUGGCAAGUGCAACGACGACCCUGACGUCGGAACACACAUCUGCAACAACUCUCCUUCCCCUUCCAACAGUUGUAAACCGUCAGGCACUCUCACAUGCCGAGGAAAAUCAUACCCUACUUACGAGUGCUCGCCUCCGGUCAAGUCCUCCACGCCCGCCAAGCUUACCAACAACGAUUUUAGCCAAGGAGGUGAUGGCGGUGGCCCAUCGGAGUGUGACGGAAAGUACCAUUCCAAUGCUCAACCGAUCGUUGCGCUGUCGACGGGGUGGUAUGCCGGUGGAUCGAGGUGCGGAAAGAUGAUACGAAUUCAGGCUAGUAAUGGAAGGAGCGUGAUGGCGAAGGUAGUGGACGAGUGUGACUCGAGGCAUGGUUGUGAUGCAGAGCAUGCAGGACAAGGGCCUUGUGCCAACAACAUAGUCGAUGGGUCUGAUGCUGUUUGGACUGCUUUGGGCCUCAAUAAAAACUUGGGUGUUGUUGACAUUACUUGGUCCAUGUCCUGAUUCGAAAUGUGUAUGUAUGAUAUUAUUCUAUGCCAAUAAGUGUCACAAAUUAAUUAGGUGGACACAUACUGUGCCUCUAAUUAAUCUAAAAAUAUUGUGAUUUACAAAAUAAAGUUACUUAUUAAAUAAUAAUACAGUCAUGCACUGUUACAUCCAUGAGGGAUUAUGGUUCUCUAGUUAAUUUGCUGGGUAAACUGUGGUUACGUUGAUGAUCAUAAUUGAUAUGCAAUAAAUUUGGAGAUGGGUCUUAUCGACUUCGUUGAAUAAA